AUGGACACAACAGCAGAACUUGAUAUUCUUAACACUACUUUAACAGUUCUUUUUACAAGCACUUCUGUUAGUAGUUUACCUUUUGCAACAAUUCUUAUAUUAUAUGAAAAAACAGAUACUUUAAUAAAAGCUUUAAAUAUAUUAAAAAAUAAAAUGUUAUCAACAACAUUUGGCAGACAUGAAUUUGAAAUUGGACUACAAGUUAUUAUAACAGAUGAUU